UCUUUUUUCAUCACUCAAUCAAUCAAUUUGUGCCUUCCUUACAUUACCGCUAUUUUACUUUAUUCCAUCCAUUCUUUUCUUCUCCACCAUAAAUUUGUGGCUACAAAACAUUUAUAUCUGUUGUAAGAAACCAAAUAAUUAGAGAGAGGAGAACUUGAAUUGCUGUGAACACUAGCUUCUCCAAUUUGAUAUAAGGCCAAGAUUCUUUAUACCACUUUGCUCAAAGUUAGAAAUAAGGUAAAUAACAAUCAUAUGUUUUUUUAUUUUAUUUGUAGUAUUUAUCAUGGUUAUUGAAUAUUUUCUGUAUACUGGCAAUGAUUAUGGCUAAAAAAUGAAUACACGAAAUCUUGCUAGGUUUAUAAACCAUUUUUGUGAGCCUAAUUUAUUUGUACAAUAAUAUUUGAUCACAAACCAUGAUUGGCUCGAGUUAUGUUGAUUGCUGCUGACAAUAUCCCCUCUUUACAGGUAGCUUAUUUAAUAGUACUAUAUUGUCUCCUAAUUAAUUUUUCCUUCAUAGUCCUCUCAUCUUCCAUUUUAUCAUUGUUUGUUAGAAUCAAUAUUGAGAUGAUUCUCUAUCUCAUUUCUCUCUUGGUUGAUAUCAUAACUUGAUUAGAAUCAAAGACAUUGAAAUAUAUUCUCUCUUGCUGCUUUUUGCUUGCCGCCGAAUUUGAACUGAAGAAAGCAGUGCCUAGUAGAGAAAUACGAAGAUUAAUUGUUCAUUCAACUUGAGCUUGCAUUCAAAUUGGUGUAAAAAAAAAACAGAUGACGAGUUUUCUGAUUGAUUACACGAAGCAAAAUGUAGAGAAAUUGUUAAAUGAAGCGCUGAAAGAAUUACGUUAUAUAUGUUGCUUCACUUGCAUUGCUAAUGAUUUUGAAGAAGAAAAAGUCUGGUUGGAAGCAGAAAGGACAUCUGUUGGGCAGCGUGUUAAGGUUGCAAAAAGAAGAGGAGAAGAUGUUCAAGCUAAUGCUCUUUUUUGGGAAGAAGAAGCUGACAAGCUCAUUCGAGAAGACACCAAAACAAAACAAAAAUGUUUUUUUGGAUUAUGUCCUCAUUGCUUAUGGCGAUACAAAAGGGGAAAGGAACUGGAAAAUAAGAAAGACCAAAUAAAAAAGUUUAUGGAAACUGGAAAGGAACUUGCAAUCGGCCUCCCUGCUACUCUUCCAGAUGUUGAACGUUAUUCAUCCCGACACUAUAUCUCUUUUAAAAGUAGAGAAUCCAAAUAUAAAGAGCUUCUGGAUGCACUGGAAGAUGACACCAAUUAUAUAAUCGGGUUGCAAGGGAUGGGGGGUACAGGAAAAACUACAUUGGCCAAAGAAGUGGGUAAGAAACUUAAGCAAUCCAAACAAUUUACGUGCAUUAUUGAUACAACAGUAUCAUUUUCUCCUGAUAUUAAAAAGAUUCAAGAUGAUAUUGCUGGACCCUUGGGAAUGAAAUUUGAUGACUGUAGUGAAUCAGAUAGACCCAAAAAACUAUGGAAAAGAUUAACUAAUGGUGAAAAGAUUCUUCUAAUAUUGGAUGAUGUUUGGGGAGAUAUUGAUUUUGAAGAAAUAGGGAUUCCAUAUAGUGACAAUCACAAAGGUUGUCGAGUUCUUGUAACCACGCGCAAUGUGUUGGUAUGCAACAGAUUAGGAUGCAGUAAGACAAUCAGAUUGGAGCUCUUAUCUGAAGAAGAUGCGUGGGAAAUGUUCAAACAUCAUGCUGGUCUUACUGAAAUUUCAACUCAAAGUUUGCUCGACAAGGGUCGUAAAAUUGCAAAUGAGUGCAAAAGAUUACCAAUUGCAAUAGCGGCGAUCGCUAGUAGUUUGAAAGGAAAACAACAUCGGGAAGAAUGGGACAUGGCCUUAAAAUCCUUGCAAAAACAUGUGUCAAUGCACGAUGAUGUUGUUGAUGAUGAUGAUUUGUUUAAAAUAUAUGAGUGCUUGAAAUUUAGCUAUGAUAAUAUGAAUGAUGGAAAGGCCAAAAGACUAUUCCUUUUGUGUUCUGUAUUUCGAGAAGAUGAAGAAAUUUCUAUUGAAAGAUUAAUAAGACUGGGCAUAGGAGCUGGCCUUUUUGGGGAAAAUUAUGGCAACUACGAAGAUGCUCGAAGUCAAGUAGUUAUAUCCAAAAAUAAACUCAUAGAUUCUUGUUUAUUGUUGGAGGUAGAUCAAAAGAGAGUGAAAAUGCAUGACUUGGUUCGUGAUGCAGCCCAAAGGAUUGCGAUUAAAGAGAUCCAAACAAUAAAGUUGUAUGAUAAAAAUCAAAAGGCAAUGGUUGAAAGGGAGAAGAAUGUUAAAUAUUUGUUAUGGGAAGGAAAACUAAAGAGCGUGCUUUCAUGCAAGCUUGAUAGUUCAAAGCUCCAAAUUCUAAUUGUUAUCAUGUAUAAGGACGGUGAUUUCCAUAAAGAGAAAACCGAAGUCCCAGACUCAUUUUUUGAAAAUAUUAGCGGUCUUCGAUGUUUUCACUUAUGUAGUGAUUUUUAUGGAGCAACUCUAUCAUUACCUCCAUCAAUUCAAUCUUUGAAGAAUAUUCGAUCUCUUCUUUUUAAGUGUGUUGAUUUGGGUGAUAUCUCUAUUUUCGGAAGUCUGCAAAGUCUUGAGACACUUGAUUUGGAUAAUUGUAAAAUCAAUGAAUUGCCAAAUGAACUUGCAAAACUACACAAUCUUAGAUUGUUGUACUUGAAAAGUUGUGAUAUUAUAAGGAAUAAUCCAUUUGAAGUGAUUGAAGAAUGCUCCUCACUCGAAGAGUUGUAUUUCAUACACAGUUUUAAUGAUUGUUGCCAAGAAAUAACCUUUCCAAUGCUACAAAGAUUUAUAGUGGAUGAUGAUUGGAGGUUUGUGGAUGAUUCACUAUCAAAAUGCUUGUCUAUUUUACAUCAAGAAAAUAGAAAUUUAUUGUCUGAAAAAAAACUCAAGGAUUGUAUGCAAGCAGUAGAGGUUCUUAGACUAAGAAAACUUCGGUGGGGAUGGAUAAAUAUCAUACCUGAGAUUGUUUCUAUGGAUAAUGGUAUGAAUGAUCUCGUCGAGCUUAGAUUGAGUUACAUUUCACAACUUAAGUGUCUCAUUGACACUAAGCGUGGAAAUUCUCAAGCAACAUCUGUCUUCUCCAAGUUGGUUGUAUUACAAUUGGAAGAAAUGGAAAGUUUGGAAGAAUUGUGCAAUGGUCCUCUUUCUUUUGAUUCAUUCAAGAAUUUAGAGAAGCUGACCAUCAAGUAUUGCAAUCAGUUGCAAAGCUUAUUUAUGUGCAACUUAAAUCUCUGCAAUCUAAAGAGCUUGUUAUUGAUAGGAUGUCCGAUGUUGUUCUCUCUAUUUCAACUUACUACUUCUCGUAGCCUAGUGUCAUUGGAGGAAUUGAAAAUACUUUGGUGCAGGCAUCUUGAAUACAUAAUAACAGACGAAAGAAAAGAGAAAGAAUCGAGAGGAGAAAUAGUUGCUGAUGAUGAAAAUGAUAGCAAGAGGAGUCACAAAUCAAUGUUUCCAAAACUUAAAGAUCUUAAAAUUGAUAUGUGUUGUGGGUUAGAAUUUAUACUUCCAUUUCUAUCUAUUCAGGAUCUUCCGUCACUUGAAUCUUUUACAAUAAGUUAUUGUGAGAAGCUGCAAUACAUAUUUGGCCAAUAUGUACAACUUGGUUCUCUAAAACAAAUGAUUCUUCAUUCUUUGCCCAAUUUAAUAAAUAUUUUUCCAAAAUGUCAUCUUACCACAUCUUCUUCCAUUUCUAGAGAUGCCUCCAAGCCAGAAAAACAAUCAGAACCUAUGAAACGCACUGUCUUUUUAUGGAGAGAUAUAUGUUGCUUUGGUAAAAAAAACUGGCACAAAUCCACGAGUUCUACGAGUACUGAAACCCCAUUGGUUUCUGAAGAUAAACAGCCGGAUUGCUUAAUAGCUUCGGAAUCCGAUUCCAAUUCCUUCAAGAUAUGGGAACGUGUUCAAUGUCUUUUGACACAAUCACUCUUCAUGUGGAAUAUUAAAGAGAUUGAAUUAGUUAAUAUUUUAAAGAUAGAAUCAAUAUUUAUCCUAUCUAUUGCUCCAAGAAUAUUGUUGGAAACUUUGACAAUUAGGUACUGUAAUAAUUUGAAGCACGUAAUAAUAGAAACCAGAGAUUAUGAAAGUGGUGGCAACAACUGGCACAAUAUCUUCCCAAAAUUAAAAGAGAUCAGGGUCGAAGGAUGCAUGAAGUUAGAAUACAUAUUUGGACAUUACUUGGAGGCUCAUCAAAACCAUAAUGAGAUUCACCUUUAUCUUCCAGCUUUGGAACGUCUCGUUCUUAGGAAUCUGCCAAAGUUAGUCACCACGUGUUCCAAACAUUAUCGCACAACAUAUCCACUUUUGGAAUAUCUUGUAGUUGAGAAGUGCUCGCAGUUUGCUAUCAAAUCUAUUGGCGAUCUCACAAUUCCUUUGGUUUCAAAAUCUCUCGACACUACAAUCAAGAAGGAAUUGAAUGGGAACAUGGAUCAUUUUCUUGCUUUAAAAAGUCUCAAGGUGUAUGAUUGCAAAGUAGAAAAUAUAUAUUUUCUGAAUGAAGUACAUGAACAACAAAUGAACUUAGGUUUGCAGUACAUUGAGUUGCAUGAUCUUCCUACGACAACUUGUUUGUUGGUUGGUCCCAAAAAUUCAUUUUCUCUCAAUCACCUUACACGGAUAAAAAUCUUCCGAUGCGAAAAAUUGGAAAUUGUGUUUUCCACUUCUCUAUUAAGAUGCCUACCACAAUUGCUUUUUCUGAGAAUACAAGAAUGCAAAGAGUUGAAGCAUAUUAUUAAAGAUGAUUUGAAGAAUGAAAAUUCCACAAAUUUUCAAUCUACAAACACAUACUUCCCAAAGCUAGAAAUACUUGGUGUGGUAAACUGCAACAAGCUCAAAUACGUCUUUCAGACUUCCAUAUGCAAAGUGCUUCCAAAUCUAAAGGCUCUGAUGAUAAGAGAAUCAUAUGAGCUAGAAGAAAUAUUCAAAAGUGAAGGUGAUGAUCAAAAACUUGAGAUUCCAAAUCUGAAUGUUGUAGCAUUCAUCAAUCUGCCAAACCUCUGCAAAGAUCAAGAAGUGCAUUUUGAGGGUGUAAAUUAUCGUCUUGUACGUAAUUGUCAUAAACUCUCUCUGACUUCAGCAUCAAAAUCCGACCGGAUUGGUAACAUUAUUUAUUUUGUUGACAAAAUAGAUACUGAAAUCUCUAUGGAAUUGUCGAUUCUAUUGCAACCAUUAGAAGAAGUGUACCAAAGCCAGUACACCUGUAAUCAAAAUCCAAGUUCAGAAAUCACUCAAGAAUUUGCAGCUGGGGUUGAAGCGGAAACAACACCAGGACACAUAUUGACUUCUUCACAGGUGUUGAUGAAUGAACAAUCAAUGGAUCAACAACUUUUGAUGAACCAACAACACUCACUUCGAGAAACUGAUGAUACUACCAUCAAACCACAGUUGGCUGGUUCUACUACACAAGAAAAAUAUUUAGCAGCAAAUUCGUCUUCCAUUUCAGAAACAAAGAAUGAGCCACCUAUACAAUUAGUUGCUCCUAAACAAAAGGGUAUUGAAAUAAGUGAUGAAGAAGGAAUUACAUCAACUAAUGUUGAGACUUUAACAUCCUCAACUCAUUCAAAAUCAGACAGUUCAUCAUCACCUCAUUUAGAAUUAGUCAGUUCGUCAUCAGAUCCAUUAAUUACUUCUGAGUUUAAACCAUCUUCAGAGAAAGAUGGUGAUUGCCAAAUAGCCACAACCUCUUUGCCCAUUGCCACUUCGGAGAAAUUUUUUGAAGGUGAAGUGUCUUUGAAUAUAUUUCCAGAGAGCAAUGAUGAAGGUGAAUACUCUUUUAUUAUACUUUCAGAUACCAAUGAUGAAGUUUCUCUAAAUGAUGAUGCUUUCAUAAAAGUAAUAAGCUCAAAUGUUAAGGAAGAGAAUCCUAAGGAGGGUGACAUAGGAGUUUCCAAAUCUAAUCCCUCUUCUAGCAUCAUAUCCACUAUUGCAUCUCAGUUUCCUUCAAUUUCUUCCAAAGAAGAACCUUCUCAAAUGGAUGAAGAUUUAAGUUCAACUUUGGCUGUCACAAGGGAGCUCGAGCAACUAGCUUCCAAGAAGCAUUUGAAUCACGAGAACUUAUAUUUGUUGAAUGAUUUCCUUGCCAAGCAUCCUUCUCUUUGUCUAAGAGAUACUUCGCUUAGUAAUAGAUACAAGGGCUAUGCCUACAACUUACUAGCUGAGCUAUUGAAAUUCCUCCAAACGCACAGUGUGCUUGAUGUAUUGGGCUCACGCCGGUCUGAACUUGUUGAGUUAUUACAAGAUGUGCGCAGCUUUGCUUUUGAUAAAGAUUGGUUGGAUGGUGUCGAAAGGCGUAUUAUUCAUCAAGAGGCGGUUUUAAAUGCCCCUAUUGGCUAUUAGGCAAUGCUAAUUUGCUAUGCUUUUAGGUGUGUGAGUUGUCUUUGGGUGUAGGUUUCUUCUCAUAUGAAAUAAACUUAUUUGUUUAUUUGUCUUACACUUUUAAUAUCAAUGGUACCGUGAAUUCUUAUCUACCCAACUCAAAAAGUUGGGUAAAGUUACUUCCUGUGUAAAAUACAUUGAAAACAACAAUUAAUUGUAAUAUUUAAUAAAUAAUUAAUUGUGUUAAAAUUAGAUGGCUUCAUAUAAAUGGUUGAAUGUACA